GUUAAACACGCGCGUGCGCUUUCGAUGCAUUGUGUUUUUGUUGAUAUCCUGAUAUUUUCAGGCUCCGACUUUAGCUUUCUGAAGCUAAUAAACCUCCCCUACUUUGGGGGGUUUUACUAUUAUAGCCAAUUGAGACAAUAAUAAAAUACCAUAGCUAGCUAUAUGAAGGGCUGAUGGAGAACACAAGGAAUUUGGCUGAGCGCACCCCGCGUUCGGAGCGUAAGCGUCAGGACUCGUUCGGUAUGUUUGACGGGUACGACAGCUGCAGUGAGGAGAGCACCAGUAGCUCCAGCUCAGAGGACAGUGAGGACGAGGUGCCAUCCAUCCCUGCCAGCCUGCCCAUCAUCAAGAACAAUGGACAAGUUUACACCUAUCCCGACGGCAAGGCCGGCAUGGCCACCUGUGAGAUGUGUGGGAUGGUUGGAGUGCGAGAUGCCUUCUACUCCAAAACCAAGCGCUUCUGCAGCGUCUCCUGCUCUAGAAGUUAUUCUUCUAACUCUAAAAAAGCCAGUAUAAUGGCUAGACUCCAGGGUAAACCACCUACGAAAAAGGCCAAGGUCUUACAGAAACAGCCUCUCAUGGCGAAGUUGGCAGCUUAUGCCCAGUACCAAGCAAGUCAACAACAACAAAACCUGGCUAAAUCAAAAGCAGUAGUUCCUGUUGAGUGCUUUGAUUGGGGAAGAUACAUCUGUAGCAAUAACCUGGUUGGAGCACCAGUCAGCUGCUUCAAGCACGUCCCUAUGGGUACGUGCUGGGGAGACCUAGCUGAAGGAGUGAGGGUGGAGGUGCUCAACUCCGAUACUAACCUCUCUACUAAAGUCUACUGGAUAGCGGGGAUCGUCAAACUUGCAGGGUUCAAGGCUCUGCUGCGGUACGAGGGUUUUGACAACGACACCAUCAGGGACUUCUGGUGUAACCUCUGUGUUCCAGAGAUCCACCCCGUGGGGUGGUGCGCCUCCAGUGGGAAACCCCUCGUACCUCCCAAAUCGAUACAGAAUAAGUACUCUAACUGGAAAGCUUUUCUUGUGAAGCGACUCACUGGAGCCAAGACACUGCCACCGGACUUUGCUGCUAAGGUCCAUGAGAACAUGCAGUUCCCUUUUAAGAAGCUGAUGCGAGUGGAGGUGGUGGAUAAGACACAUCUGUGCCGAACUCGGGUAGCUCUGGUGGAGCAGGUGAUUGGGGGAAGGCUGAGACUCGUCUACGAGGAGAGCUCCGACGACUUCUGGUGUCACAUGUACUCCCCGCUCAUACACGCCAUCGGAUGGUCCCGGAGCAUCGGACACCGCUUCAAACGAUCCGAUGUGUCAAAGAAAAUCGAUGGUCAGAUGGACGCCCCCGCCCCGCUGUUUGCCAAGGUGAAAGAUGUGGACCAGAGUGGUGAAUGGUUCAAGGACGGGAUGAAACUAGAGGCCAUUGACCCUCUAAACCUCUCAGCUAUAUGUGUAGCCACUGUAAGAAAGGUGUUGGCAGACGGGUACCUCAUGAUCGCCAUCGACGGGUCGGAGGCGGCUGAUGGCUCAGACUGGUUUUGCUACCACUCCACUUCUCCCUCCAUCUUCCCUGCUGGCUUCUGUGGAAUCAACAACAUUGAACUCACGCCCCCUAGAGGGUACACUAAACUGCCAUUUAAAUGGUUUGACUACCUCAGAGAAACGAGUUCAAUAGCCGCUCCUGUGAAGCUCUUCAACAAGGAUGUUCCAAACCAUGGGUUCCGCCAGGGCAUGAAGCUGGAGGCCGUGGACCUGAUGGAUCCCAGGCUGGUGUGUGUUGCCACAGUGACUCGGAUCGUCCACCGCCUGUUGCGCAUCCACUUUGACGGCUGGGAGGAUGAGUAUGACCAAUGGGUGGACUGCCAAUCACCUGACCUCUACCCCGUGGGCUGGUGUCAGCUGACCGGCUACCAGCUACAGCCCCCCGCCGCACAGAGAAACCUUAAGGAGCUUGGUCGGGAAAUCUCGGGAUACCAGUUACCGUGGCCAGAGAAAUCCCACCUGCUGUACCUAAGCAGAAGAAGAAAGCCCAACAGUACAAAGGCCAAAAGAAAAAGCGGAAGAUUCCGGUUGGUCGACGGCCCUUCAGUCAGGCAGGCAGGAGGAGGAGCCUAUCAGGGGAGGAGGAAGAGCAGAGUCCGCCCCCUUACUCCAGCCAGGGCCCCACUAUGGUCCCCCGGCCCCGCACCCACCACCACCACACCCACAAACCAGAGUCUCUGUUGCGUCUGAAGGAGGAGCCGGCUGAGGUGGAUGAGUUCACCUUCUCCCAGGGCAUCUCAGAUCAGGAGAGCAACGGCUCGGGCAGCUAUUACAUCAAACAGGAGCCCUGAUGAUCCGGGGGACAGGGGCCUCGGGCUAGGCCUGGGAGGCCAGGGGGAAGCCGGGUAGGACAGGCCAAUGGGAACCUCCUACAUCCCCCCCCCAAAUAGGAUAAGACCAAUCUUUAAACCAAGACGAGAACAACAGGGCAGGGAGCAUGGAGUGCCCAAAAAAACGUAUACAGAGAAGCCAGCUUCUUACACCCCAAUCAGGAGAGAAUGCUACUGGGGUACAAAACACUGAGUGACUUCAUGCCCUGAAACCCCAACCCACAAAUUAAGCUACUUGGGGCUCCCCAAAACCACCCAGGGGAGAGAACCCUUCUGAGCAGCUACAGCCUCAAACCCUGGCGCUCUGAUAGACAGUCACUCAUUCACUGAGACAGACAUACCAUAUGAACAAGGCUAACGGGUAACUGGACACUUCCCAAUGCCACCGGCCCGGCAGAGGCCGCUUAUGAUACCUGGACAACCUGAUUUAAAAUCCCAAUUCCCUGGAUGAUUGGAUACGACUGUGGCUCUCUCUCUUCCUCCAUAAAUGCAUCUAUCUAGGGGGCAUUGAAGCUCUGGAUGCCCAGAAACAGAAGCCUCUCAUUUGGGUAGUCUCUCUCCCCCACACUGCCAGGCAGGAUCUCUGACUCAAAACUUGGGGCCCAAACACACAGUCACCUGGACUAACUGUGACAGAUAUUUCUGAGCCAGGUCUUGGUUUAUUUCUUUCAGGUAAGAAGGCUAGCCGCACAUGGUGGGACUUAAUUUCACACGGUCUUGAGAGGGAGGGAACAAGUUGUAUAAAGCAGGAUUAUUAUUAUUAUUUUUCCAACAUUUUGCCAGGUGGACUUGCUUUGAUUUGUUAAUAGUACUUGAAGUUUUCAGUUGAUAUUUGUAAAGUUUCUGUUUUUUGUUUGUUUUUUUCCUUUAAAUUGGAGGGUUGUUGUUAUUUUGACUUAAACGCUGAUUUGUUAUCAACCUCUCUUUUGGGGGUUGAGAUGCCGUCGGAGUGGUGUAGAUAUUAUAAUGAGGAUACAUAUUCAUAGAUGUGACUAUUCAAUAUAGAACUAUAUAGAUAUUAAGAAUUGUGAUUUGACGAGAGUGGGUUUUGAAUAGAUGUUGUAUGAAUCCGAAACCUUGCUGGUGUGAUAGGACUGACGCUCUCAAACUAGAUGGGCUUUGUGUCUUAAUAGGGUAACUUGCGUACUACUUAGUAUUGGCUAUGCAUACUAGGUAGUGCUAAUGUGUCUAUUGGGAUACACUAGAUAAACACUGUCACACAUUGCACUACAGGAACAAACAACCAGUCUCUUUGGGUUGUUGGAACCACCCUUUACCAUGUCAGCAGCUUUAGAAUAGAAGGACCGGACUUAGCUAAUGUUUGCAUCUGUUUUUUUUAAGUACAGGAUACAACUCCAGAAACAAAGCUAAACCAUGAUAUACUCUUUAUUUUACUCUACCAUAUUGUCAUAACCUAUUUUCCUCGAAGAAUACAAGUGUAAACUUAGUAAGUCUGGCCCUAAAAGACAGAAAAGAUUUAGUAAUCAAGCAAAGUUGAAUCCUAAAAUGAUGUUGUAAAGCAGGCAGAAAAACAAUGUAGGCUACAUUUCAUGGAUGACUUCUGAGAUAUGCAAAAUCGGUCAUUUUAUUUCAGUGGUGUUUUUCCUCUUGUGUAUGGGUAGUUCUUUCUGCGUACUGGUUAAGUAUUCAACCGAGCCACUGGAUAACAACUUUAUUGUCGGUAUUGUCUUCUUUUAUUAAACACUGCUUUGUUGAUAGUCUCUGUAAGUGUACGUUCAUAAAACCAAUGGGAUCAGAUUGGAGUAGGCUAUAGCAGGAGAACCUUUCCCAUUGGCUUCUUUAUUCACCAAUUAGAGGUCAUACACUUUUAUAAGAUUCCUGAUUGGUUGGAGGAGAUCCUCCUGAAUUCCUGAAUCUGCUUGUGUGUUGUAGCUGGUACUGAGUGGUGACGCAUCUGUAUCUAGACUUCAUUUCUAUCUCUGUACUACCUCCUGGUGAGCUUGUCAGUCAAAUAGAGACAGGGUUGGGGCUCAUUGUGAAUUCAUGAUGGGUCUCAAAUUUGAAAUGCAGGUUUGGGCAACUUGAUAUACCAUAUGCAAAUAGAAUAAUUAUAUCCUCAUAUGUUUGACUUUAAGACUAGACCGCAAACACGGAUAUUUGUAACAUAGCACAUUUGAGGUAGUCCUCGAAAUGGAAUAAUAUGCAAUAAUGUUUUCUGUAUUAUUUUGCUAUGUCACGUCCAUGAAUUAUAACACUCUAAAGUGAUAUUAAGAUACAUAAAAUAUAUUAUACUUACAUCAGUUUACCUAAAUUCUAUUGCAUAACUGUGACAACUGUGAGCUAUGGUCUAUAAUCAGAAUAGAAUAGUUAGGUUUGUUAGAACCACACGCUAUAUACACUGAGUGUACAAAACAUUAAGGACACCUUCCUAAUAUUGAGUUGCUUUUCCUUUUUUUUUUUUAUUUGAAGUGGAUUUAACAAGUGACAUCAAUAAGGGAUCAUAGCUUUCACCUGGUCAGUCUGUCAUAGAAAGAGCAGGUGUCCGUAAUGUUUUGUACACUCAGUGUAGAAAUAGACUAGUACAGAAAAAUGGGUCUAGCUCAGUGAUCGUCGCAGUGGAUGUGAAAUUAGCUAGAAUCUCUCUCUAUACCAGUAAGGUUGACGAUUAACUUCUCAGGAAAUGUUUGCUUUUUCUUGUCUGCAAGGGUCAAGCAAAGCACAUUACAGUUAAAAUCAAACAGAAUGACAUUGCGUAAAGUUACUUAAAGAAAAGUCUUAAUGGAACAACUUGCUCACAAAUUGUUUCUUCUUGUCCAUGUCUGAAUGUUGAUUUCUCCCGUUUUGAUAUGGUUUCUUGUGUUCAGUGAUUUACUGUUCAGUUGAUUGGUAAGGUAUUUUAUAUAAACCCUUCAUGUUCUAACAGUAACAAUUAAGAUCCCUUGGAUCAGCUUUCAGUUUGACGCCGUGCUUUGUGUAGAUAGGUAUGUUACCCUCAUUGUUUCCAUGUGGAGUUCCUUUUCCAAGGGAUGUAUAGUUUCUGCCAAUAUGCAUUUCCUCUCUUUGUUGAUUUAGAUUGAAUUGUUCAUCAUAUUAAUUAAGGUUAUAUACAAUGUCCAGCAGAGCAAUAAAAUGUAGUGUCUCGUUAUACCCUUAUGUGUAAAAGGUUUGGAGUUCAGGAUUUGCUUUUUGUUUGUGAUUCACUUUAUGAAAUUCGAUCUGGCACAGACUUUGACUAACUUGAUGAGAACGAAGAAAGCAUUAAAGGAUGAUGGUCAUCUUAACCAAUUUACUGACCAAAUUACAUUAUCACCUUAAGGAAAAUAAAGACACGGCUGUUUAUAGACUAACUUUGCUGCUACUUUCCAAAUAACCCAAAUGAUUCCUAACGCACAAUCAAACACAGCAAACCUUUUCUGCAUUUUGAAGAAAGGUUUCUACUUUUUCAGUGAUACUAUGCCUCUAUCUUUAUUCUUAGAAAUGUAUGUAAGAAUAUCCCAAUAUCACCUAGAAGCCCAAUCCAAAGUCAACACCUUGCCUCUCCAUCUAGACACUUCUGAAUCCUUCUUAGAGAUCUGAAAGAACAGGUUGGGUAUAAGCAAUAUGACAUUAUAUGCUCACAUCUAUCCGGUCUGUUCAGAUGUACAAGGGGCAAUUCAGGAAGUGUGUAGAUUUGAGGAGUGGCUGAUUUGGUAGUGGGUGCACUGAUCAAUCAAGUUAGAGUGCAUGCAGAAUAGUGAGGUCUUUCUGUGGUCCUGUACUGAGCAUUUUUUUUUUGCUGUUAUGGUCUUUGGCCGUGCUACCGCCCACUCUAAAUCCACCUCUAGCCCCUAACCCUAAGUAUCUCCUACAGAUCUGAAUGGAUUUGAUAGGUAUGAGAAACAUGGUAAUACCUCCAUUUUGCCCUUUUGGUAAGCUUGGUGGAAUUUUGAGCCAUAUUGCUUACACCUAUCCAAACCUUUUCAGACUCAAACAUGGUUUCUAGUGGUGGGGGCUAGGGAGUCAAUUUAGAAUGCGGUGUCUGUUCAUUGAAUACUAACACGGGUCUCUUUUUGUAUGCGACAAACCCUCUAUAUUCAGCCAUUAUAUCAUGGUGCUACAUACAUUUGAUAACGUGAUUAUUAGUUAUUUUAUUGGGGAAAUAAUUCUCAAUUGUAAUUAUGAACGGAGGGGCUUAAGUUGUGUUUUGAUGUUUUAUUUUGGAUACAAAUAACUAAACGAUUUGUUAAAAAGAUUGAAAUUAUUAACACUGGCCCUUGUGAUACAUAUUAAGUUGCAGUGUAGGGUUUGUUAAUUUUUUGAUAGUGUGUCUAUAAAAAUGAGGUUUCCUUUCAUCAUUAUGGUAAUUUUGUGCUGUGAUCAAAGUUUGAUAGACAAUUCCUUGAAUUUGUAAAUAUACCAAAUGUUUGGGGACAAUAUUGGUUGUAUUAUUUGUUUCUUUGUUUACAAUCAUUGCAAACUGUUUCCGCAUGGCUGUGAAAAGGUAUAUCUGUUAGUGAUUUUUGUAAGAACUAACUUUUUACACUGAAUAAAAUGAUACUUAUAAAUUA